AAGUCGACUAAAAAGACUAAAAACACCAUUCCUUUUCAGUUAAUUACCAGGCAACACCCUUUCCUUGUAUUAGCUUCUGGGUUUUCUCGUGUCCAAGAAAUUUUCAUUUCUUCAAUCGAAGAGAAAAAUAUAGAGAGAUGGCUACAAGCGGAGUUUACAGAAACGGCUCAAAUAAGGCACCGAAUCUCCGUGCAUCAUCUUCCUUCAAAUCGAAACUUCCGGUAUCGAAUGUCCGCCGCAGCAUCCCCGGCGGGGCCACUGACACCGUUUCUGGAAGAGUUCGAGUCGCUGUAAGAUUGCGGCCUCGAAAUGCUGAAGAAAUGGCAGCAGAUGCAGAUUUUGCUGACUGUGUGGAGUUGCAGCCUGAGCUUAAAAGAUUGAAACUUCGAAAAAACAAUUGGGAUUCAGAUACCUAUGAGUUUGACGAGGUUCUUACUGAAUAUUCAUCACAGAAGCGUGUCUAUGAGGUUGUUGCCAAGCCUGUUGUCGAGGUAUGUUUUUUGAGGCAUCUUGUUUUUUAGACUCUGGCGACUUGG